CAAAUAAAACGAGGAAGUACCCCAAAUAUGAAUAUCCCAUCAUGAAUAGAGCUCCAGUCACAUAGCUUUCAGUAGUUACGGAAGCCAAAACAUGACUUGGUUCACGGCACUUCUUGUGGUUGCUGUUUUAGCCUCAGAAGGUUCCCUGGCUGUUUGGUUCCCCAAGCAUGGGUUCCGCUUCCAGCACGAGAAGCAGGAGUUGGAUUUUCUCAGGCAUCAUUUGGUGAAGAAAGUUGAGAAUGUUGCUCACAUGGACCAAGGCCACAUUCUGACGACCAACUGGCAUAACUGCGGAAGUGGAAGCGCUACGGGGCAAGUAGUCAACCUGACCAUAACGCCGAACCCUAUCCGAGUCCCAGGCGACAUCCAUGUGGCCGUGGGGGCUGUCGUACGGGAGAAUCUUGAGGCGCCGAUUAGGGGUGACUUGCUGAUCAAGAAGAAGUUAUUUGGUCAGUGGAUCAGGAUCCCAUGCAUUGAUAAAAAGAUAGGGUCCUGCACCUACGACGAUGUUUGCGAGAUGAUUCCAAUGAAGCCGGGAAAGCCGUGCCCUGACCCGCUACCCAAGUAUAGCAUUCCAUGCCAUUGUCCAUUUAACAAGGGAAACUACUAUCUGCCGGAGUCCACCUUCAAGUUGAAAAAGCCUGGCAAAAGUGUCCCCUCUUGGCUUGAAAGUGGAGAUUACCAAAUCACGAUCCACCUGAGUUCGAAGGGACGAGAGGCAGGAUGUAUUUACCUCGAAUUCACCCUCAAGCUUUAAACCCAAAGCAUUACGGGAAGAAAGUGCUGCAGGUGAAUGAGUACGGCCAAGAAACAUGGGAAUUAUUAAACAGGAAGGACCACAAUUGUUUUUGAAAUGAAGAAAUUGAUUUGAUUAUACCAAGAAUAAAUUAUACUAAGGAUAUGACCUUUAGAAUUUCCUCAUCCAAGAACUAAUUAAGCCAAUUAAGCUUCGUUGUUGUAGCUUGUAAAAACUAGAACACGAUGUACAUGUAAAUAUAUAUUUCGAAUAAAGAAAGUUCUAUUAUUACAUUUACGUUUGGGCACGAAAUCUUUCACGGUGUACUAAAGAAAUAUUUUCAAAGUCUGUAUAAUGUCAUGAUACAGUGGCUUCGAUUGGAAUUCAAUUCAACUCGCUUCAACAGAGCUGUACAUGUGGAACACAUAUCUAAUAAAUAUCGUUCUGCUUUUUGUAUCUUACUA